UCGAGAGUUGCAGCAGCCUCUUGAUUUCUCUCUCUCUCUCUCUCUCUCUCUCUCUCUCUCUUUUUUAAUCAUGGAGUUCUACUGAGUACUGACAGUUGUUAUUACCUAUAUUUCAGAUUCCAGUAUAUUUACUCAUAAGUCAUGAUGAGUCGUGCAAAGAGAAUACGUAUUGAGAAAGAUCAACAAGUCUCUACAGAUUAUGUUGAGGAGAAAGUCGAUUUUAUCAACUCUCUUGAUAAUGAUUCAUUAGCACAAAUAUUUAUGCUGCUGCCAAUAUCAGAGAGGAUAACUAUGAAUGAAGUUUGUUCCAAAUGGAAAGAGGCCUGUCAACUAGCUUGGCAUGACAUUAAAAAAUACAAAUGUACCAAUGCAAUUGUUCGUAGUUAUGAAAAAUGUCCUUUAACACAAUCAUACGUAAAAAGAGUAUUAUUCAACUGUGGUAUUUAUUUAAAAGAAUUGAUUCUUUCAAACAUUUGUGACUCAAGUAUCAUGCCAAUAAUUGCUGAAUACUGCAAAAAUUUAACAUCACUUGAAUUCGAAAUCGUCAGAUUUGAAACUCAUGAUACUAAUCGUUUUGUUAAAGCAUUCACACAGUUGAAGCAAUUGAAAGUCGUUGAAAUACAUAUAUUUGGAGAUAGAUUUCAAUUUCAAAUACUGAAUAGUCUUCCGAGAGAUAUAAAUGAAAUUCAUUUAUUUAUUAACUCUUAUGAUUUGCCGAAAGGGUUGGGUUUAGACUCAAAUCAAUGGUCUUCGAUAAUAUGUACAUGUAAAGUGAAGCCAGUAUCACCAUCACUUUUCUCUUUAAGAGAAUUUACCAAUCUUCAAAGUUUGACAAUACGUUCUUACGACAUCACCGACAUUAUCCAAGAAAUAUCAAAAAAAACAACACUUGUUUAUCUCGAUCUCCAAGGGUGUAAGACGACAAAAAAGAUAUUUACAUUCAAUCAACUUUUAAACUUGGAGCAUCUCAACAUUAACUAUGUGUCCUUCGUGAAUAGUCAAUCGCCAAAUAUGUUAAAUCCAAUCAGUGAUAUUUUCAAUACAUGCAAAAAUCUAAAACAUCUUGAUGCACCAGGUUUUGAUGUUGAUCUGGCUGAAAUUAAAAUGGAAAACUGGGUAAACUUGAAAAACUUGGUAUAUCUGAAUACUCGCUGGCAAGCUAGUGAUGCAAUAAUCAAAAAUAUCAUCAAGUAUUGCAAUAAUUUAGAAUUCAUAAAUAUUGAUAAAUUAAAUAGUGAAUCUAUUAUAAAAUUAACAAAAUUAGAAAAACUCAAUUAUUUAAAAUUUGAGAGGACAAAUGAUAUCAAUAAAGAAGUAAUGGUUGCAAUUUUAGAUAAUUGUAAAAAACUUAAACAUCUGGUAAUUUUCGGGGGUUAUGAAGUGGAGGCAUCACUUUUUGAUGAUUUAUCAAAAUUGCAGUAUAUUGAAAGUUUAAGUUUGGCAUCUAGUUUCAAACUUAGAGAUAGUGCUAUGAUUGCUAUUGCUAAAAAUUGUAAGCUCUUAAGAAGUUUGACUAUUCGAGGGUGUUCCAUCACUUCAACUGCUCAUAUUGCUUUAACGAGCUUGAAAAAUUUAAAAGAACUCGAUCUUCUAGCAAAUAAUAAUCUUGAAGACAAUUUUAUUGUCAAAUUAAGAGGAAUAAAAAGUUUAAAUUGUUCUGAUUGCAACAAACUUACUGAUGCUGGUGUCAUUCAAUUUAUAAAAAAUAAUCCAGAUCUUGAAUUUCUUGAUAUCAGGUAUAUCACAAAAGUUACAAUUAACACAAUUAUUGCUGCAGAUGAGGUAUCUAAAAAUCGUACAAAUGAUACUUUUCUAUCUAUAAAAACUAAUUAUCCAGAUUUUAAAAAAGUUUGCAUUAAAUCUCAAUGGUUAAUUUGUGGUUAAAAUGGAAUUAAAGUAUUUUUUUCCUCAGCUAAUUAACUGUUCCAUAUAUGUUGAAUUGUUUUUAAACAAAAAGAUGUACAUAGUUAUGGAAAAUUAGAUUUAAAAAAAAGUUCAAGGGAUUAUGAGUUGUUGAACUUAUUAAAUAAUCUUGUGACACAAUAAGUACGAUUAUAAUAAUAAUUUAUAUGACAUGUUUUUGUUUUUUUUUUUUUCACAUUGUAAAAUUACAUGUUUUCUCUUGUUAAUUUGAAUUUCUAUAAUUACUUAGAAACCUAUUAAAUAUUUUAAACAAAGUAUGUAUUAAUCAAUGGGUUUAAGGGCAAUAAUAAAAUAACACAUUACAAUUUGGGAUUGAAAUCGUUUAAUUAAUUAAUUAAUUAUAUUUUUUUAUUUUUAUUUUUGUACAGAAAACAAUAAUAAUGAACAUAAAAUUCAUUGAAAAUCACUAUAAUAUAUCAGCAUUUGAUGCGUAGUGCUAUGUCUACUAAUUAAUAUGUUUGAUAACUUCUAGGAUUUAUUUUUAAUCUUUUUACUAUAUAUUUUUUUUUUAUAAUUAUUACCGUAAAAUUGCCUUUUACAUUAUCCAUUUUGUCAUCAUUAUUUUUAUUUUUUUCAUCAUCAUCAUUUUGGGAAUUGUACAUGCACGAGAGAGAAAGAGAGGGACUUAAUUUUUGUCUCUGUUUUUUUUGUUUGUUUCUUUUCAUUUAAAUUCAUUUGAAUUUUAAUAUUUUUUUUUUGUUUUAAUCAAUAUUGUGAUAGCUUAUUAAUUAUGCUGAAUAAUUAAACAUGUUUAGAAAUUAUUCGGCAAACAUUUAUAACCAAUAAUCUUACGUUUAAUCAAUAAUCAAUAAUAUUUUUAUUUCUAAUUUUAUUAGAUAUUUGUUUUUAAUAUAUAUAUUUUGCUUCGUUUUUUUUUUUUUUUCUUUUUUUUUAUUCUUUUGUUGUAAUAUACCACAAAUUGUUUUUAUUAAUAUAAUACAGUAUUGAUUAUGUUUACAUUAUCAGCUAUAAUAAUCUAUAGUUUAUAGUUUUGUUUUUUUUUAAUAUGUAUUUACACAAUAAUAUUUAAAAUGAUAAAUUAAUUAAAAAACUGAAAAAUACACACAAAUAUUUCAUGUGUGUGUAUUUAUUUUUAAAUUAAAAUUUUAUAGAAAAAAUAAUUGUAAAAAAUUUGGAAAUCAAUUGCAAUAAACUUUGAUAAAAAAAAAAAAGCGUUUCAGCAUGAAUUUUUGCCACAGUGGAGUUUUAAUUAUUAAAUAGAUAAAAAUUAUUUUUUUUUAAAUUUAAAAAAUUAUAUUGGAAGAUUAAAAAUUCAUGCACUCCAUAUUCAGUCAUAAAACGCCUCAAAAUUAUUAACAAUUAUUCUCGUUUAUUUUUUUCGUUAAAAAAAUACAUUUAAAAAAUGAAAAAUUUAUGCGAUCGUUAAUAAUUCUAUCACGAGAUAACUGUUAAACUUUCAACUUUAUCAUUAAAUAAUUAAAAAACAAUAAAAAAAAAAUAAACAAUUUGCAGACUACAAAGUGUACGGUAAUUAAAUUACAAACUAGUUAAAAAAAAAAAAAAAAAAAACAGGAUAUAACAAAGAAAAGCAAAAAAGAAAAUUUAUUUUUUAAAAUGAAAAUUAUUAUAGAUAAUAAAAAAAUAAUUAUUUAAAAAUUCCUGGAAACACUAGCUUAGUAUAAUAUUUAUUUCUUAAAAAUUAAUAAAUGAAAAAUUAAUUUUUUUCUUUUUUUUAAAAAAACUAUUUUCGAAAUAUUUUAAUCGAAAUUUAUUUUUUAAAUUUUUCAUGCAAGUACAAUUGCAACUUGACUGUUAUUUUUAAAUUUUAUUAAUCGAGAAUAAAUCUCGUUGAUUAUUUAUAAUUUAUACGUAUGUUUAUUAAAAAAAAAAAACAAAAAUUAAUUAAUAUUUUUUCCAUUAAUAUUUCUAUCUAAAUUGAAUAAAUUGAAAAAUAAAAUUUGCAACAACCGGCAAUGGCACUGCCAGCUAAUACCACAGACAUCAGUUUAUUUUUUUUUUUUUUUAUUAAUCAACUUGUACUCAUUGUGAUGCAGAGUUGUAUUUUUAAAAAUAUAAACUAUUUAUUAAUAAUUAAAUUCAAGAUACAUAAUUUAAAAAUUAAAUAAAUGAAAUUUUUGUAUUUAUUAAAAUUUCAUUUUUAAAUAAAUAAUUGGACAUACGUAUACGCAUGAAAUAAUGACGUUGGAAAUAGUCAAAGGCUCUUUUAUAUUAUUUUCCAUUUAACAAGAAAUUAUUCUGUUAAAUUAUUUAAAAAUAUUUUACAGUCAAAGUUGCCUUGUUGCCAAUUGGCAAAUAUAUUUUGUUUGUUUUUUUUUUCUUUUAUUUAUACAUGUGUAAUUGGUUCAAUUCGCGUUAACAUUUAAGACAAAAAUCAAGUCUCAAAUAUGCAUUUGAUUGUCCCACUUUAGCGAAUCACAACGUCUCACAAUUUAAAUCAAUUUUUCCUCUAAAUUUUUAUGUACAUAAUUGUGUAAAGUUUGUGUUUAUUUAUCAUUUUAA